AUGACCACUGCAUUGGUUAAGGUGAUAGUAAGUCAGCAGUAGUCUUUGCAGAUGGAGGCUUUCUUGAAAGAACUUAGUUUGGCAUCCAAACAUUUGAUUGAGUUUAGGGAUAUGUAUGAUUAUGCAAAUCGUGUAAAAACCUUCAAAAACUGGCCUUUUAUGGGAAACUGCAAAUGCACCCCUGAGAAUAUGGCCAAGGCUGGUUUUAUCCACUGUCCAAAUGAAAACGAACCAGAUGUAGCAAAGUGUUUUUUUUGCCUGAUCGAACUAGAGGGCUGGGAGCCAAAUGAUGAUCCAUGGUUGGAACAUACCAAACGCCCUAGCAAUUGUGGUUUCUUAUCCCUAACUAAGAGCUUUGAUGAUCUAACAGUGGAGGAGUAUUACCUGUUGGAGAUGGACCGACUGAGGACUUUCCUUUGUAAAACUGGCAGAAGCACAAUAUGGUCCUUUGAAAAAGAAGUUGCUGCAACCAGAAAACGCCUCCUUGAUCACUUUGUCAGCAAACAUCAGUAUACUCCAGAACCUGAACUGCCAGUACCUCAUCAUGCUGCUUCACCUGACCAAGCUCCAGAAAGCCCUAAUAUUCAUCAACAUAAACCACAGCACAGUAAUGAAUGCAAGAGUUAGAGUUUUGUUUUGUUUUAAAGGCCCUUAUCUUUAUGAGAGAGCAAGCUAAGUACAAGAAGCACUUGUUAUAAUUAACUCUCUUAACUUUCAGAGUAUGCUUGGUCACUACUGCAGGUGUGGAUCAACAAAUGUGCUUGCUAAUCAGGCAUUUGAUACAAUGUGCAUUGACUUAAUGUAUCUGUGCCAGCUUUUAGAAGGUAAAAUGUUUUGUUUUUAAUAAAGCUUCAUAAAUACUGCAGCAUGCUUAAUUCUGGU